AAGCUGAUGCUGAGCCUUCUGUUGUUUACUCUUCCGCAUCUUACACACCAACUGCACCCGUCUACGCUCCUUACAGCAUUCACGGGUACCACAAGAGGUCUGCUGAAGCUGAUGCUUCUCAUGGAACCUCUCAUGGAAUCUACAGACAUACUCCCAUUAUUUACGGAGGUCACUCCAACCAUGGCCUCUACAAGAGGUCUGCGGACCCUGAAGCUGAGGCAGAGGCUUCAACUGGUUAUUAUUCUACACCUAUCUAUGGUCCCGUUGUGCCUUACAGUCAUAUCUACAAGAGAUCUGCUGAAGCUGAGGCACAACCAUCCACCCCAUACGCUCAUGUGCACUACAGACCUGCUCCACUUUACCAAACUCAGUACUACUAAAACGGAGAGAUAUUAGCCGAUAUGGAGUUUUAGUGUGUGUUCAAUAAUAAAAUGGAAUAAUACAA